CAUGACAAUAUAAUUAUAAAGAGAGAUAAAAAGUUUAAUCUCAUCCAAUCCCAUGUAUUGCUAUUAAAUGUUAUGAUGAACCUACGAAAUUGCAAAAUGAAAUUCUAUGUUAGAGAUCUUAUUUCAUUCAUCAAUUCAAAUCUCAUUAGAUGACAUGACACUCUUGGUAACCGUGAAAUGAAACUCUCCACUUCCCUUAAAAUGACAUUAUUGUAAUGCAGGUCGAUACGUUCGUAUCGUCUUAAUUUUCUUGUUUCUUUUCUCUAUGCACGUGUUUAGACGUAGAGGCUAAAUGUAAUUUUAGAAUACAUUACCUUUAAAAAAUACACAUUGCUUGUGUUAAUGGCACGUUGGCACACAUGACACGUCAAUCUGAAGCAUCAUGGUCAUACCAGCACUCGGAGCAUUGCCCAUGUAAAUUUUGUGCUGAAGAAUAUGCUCUAACACCAUAAGUUAAUCAUAGAAUCAGUUAAUUGACAAGUAGUGUAUUAUUAAAUUGAUCAAGGACAUGAUCGCCCCCAACAAGAUUGAUCAUCUCGAGAUCCUUAAAAAAUUCCAGCAAUAUGGGUCAAAUUUGAUCCCUACUUACAAAAACUACAAAGAAUUGAAACAGAUUGUGACACGCGCUGUACGCACACCACCCUCUUCUGGUCUUCUCCCCUGCUCUGCUCCACCACCAUGGAGAGCGGCGGCGCCGGCGGCGAAGGCGAGACGGCGGGGUGGCGGUUCGGCGCGGCGAACCCGGCGCUGGCGGUGGCGGGGUCGCAGAGCAUCCGCGCGGCCGUGACACGGAUUUACCGCUGCCUCGACGGGAGCGGCGACGCGCGGCCCGUGGCGCCACUCGCCCACGGCGACCCCUCCGCGUUCGCGUGCUUCCGCGCCGCGCCCGCCGCCACGGACGCCGUCGCCGCCGCUGCCGCCUCCGGCAAGUACAACUACUACUCCCCCGCCGUAGGAAUCGCCCCGGCGUGCAGCGCGGUGGCGGCGCACCUGUCGCGGGAGCUCCCCUACGCCGUCUCGCCGGCGGACGUGGUGCUCACCGCCGGCUGCAACCACGCCGUCGAGAUCAUGAUGUCCGUGCUCGCGUCGCCGGGCGCCAACGUGCUGCUCCCGCGGCCCGGCUACCCGCUGUACGCGUCGCGCGCCGCCCUGAGCGGCCUCGAGUUCCGCCACUUCGACCUCCUCCCCGACAGCGAGUGGGAGGUCGACCUCGCCGGCGUCGAGGCCCUCGCCGACGCCAACACCGUCGCCAUGGUCAUCGUCAACCCCAACAACCCCUGCGGCUGCGUCUACUCCCGCGACCACCUCGCCAAGAUCGCAGAGACGGCGAGGAAGCUGGGGAUAAUGGUGAUCAGCGACGAGGUGUACGACCACUUCGCGUUCGGGAGCAAGCCGUUCGUGCCGAUGGGGGUGUUCGGCGACGUGGCGCCGGUGAUGACGCUGGGCGGCAUCUCCAAGCGGUGGAUGGUGCCCGGCUGGCGCCUCGGCUGGAUCGCCGCCACCGAUCCCAACGGAAUCCUCAGGAACAAGAAGAUCAUCGACUCAGUCAUUGACUACCGAGCCAUCUCGGUAGAUCCCGUAACAUUUGUUCAGGGAGCAUUGCCCGACAUCCUCGCGAAGACGGACGAUGCGUUCUUCACCAAUGCCCUUGGGGUGGUGAAGAAGGCGGCGGAGAUAUGCUACGAGAAGCUCAAGGAGAUCGACUGCAUCACCUGCCCUCACAAGCCGGAGGGCUCCAUGUUCGUCAUGGCGAAGCUGGACCUGUCUUCCCUAGAUGGCAUAGAGGACGACGUCGACUUCUGCAGCAAGCUGGCCAAGGAGGAAUCCGUGGUCAUCUGCCCAGGGAGUGGAUUAGGGAUGAAGAAUUGGCUCCGGAUAACCUUCGCGGUUGAUCCACAAUUACUAGAGGAUGGUCUAGAGAGAACCAAGUGUUUCUGCAAGAGGCAUGGUAAAAUCAAGGAAGCCAGCUAGCUCGUGAAUAGUUUCAGGCUUUCAGCAUCCGUACUCAUGGAUGUGUAGAACCGGCAUCAUGUGAGAAUAAAGUUGAAUCAAGUUGGACACUUAAAUCAGCACACAUUAUGUCGUCAAAUUCCUCAAUCGAGGAACUUGUGUAUCUUAUUAGUUAUUAUAUAUUCGAAAUCAAAUUUAAGUUCACGAGGCAUUGCAUUUUUCAUA